ACACGAAAAAUAAUAUCAUUCGAAACUAGGGGAAAAUUGACCUUUUAAUAGAAUAAAAAAAAUCAAAAGUGUUUUUUUUAAAUAGAAAUAGACUUAUAAACAUCAAAUGCUUUGAGUUUUUUAUAUGACAUGAAUGCAUAGAGGAAUUCAUUCAACUAAUACCCGUAUAUUAACUCAUGCGCUAUCGAAUUUUUACAAUUUUCAUUUUGAUAACAAUUUGCCCAUCGAAAGCGUCAUAUAAUUAAAUCAAUUGCUUUUACCGGCGAUUGAAUUCUCAUUUUAAUUUCACUUUUCAAGUGUAGCUGUAUAUGUAGCAUGUUUUUAAUUUGUUCUUUGUAACGCUAGAUUCAUUCUUCAAUCAAAUAUUUAAUGAAAAACUAAGAAUAUCACAAAUACAUGUCAUCCAAAGUGAACGUAAAAAGUCGACUAAAACCUACACACAUUUACUUACAGAAGCUACAUUCGACAGCGAAAUAUCAUACCACCAUAAAAAACAUAUCAGAUUAACGACUGCCGAAAAAAUUGAAAUUCUAUUUAUAAAUUUAACGACAUAUACCCGAAUGCGAUGGAUACCACAAGCACAUUGAAUAAAAUAUUUGCAUUCAUAAUAUUUGCAACAAUUAUAUCUAACACAAUGUGCUUAGAAAAUGGCUUGGCGAGAACACCGCCAAUGGGCUGGCUUAGCUGGGAACGAUUCCGAUGCAAUACUGAUUGCGAAGGUGACCCGGAAAAUUGUAUUAGUGAAAAUCUUUUCCGAACGAUGGCCGACUUAGUAGUGUCAGAAGGUUAUGCAGAUGCUGGGUAUGAGUUUAUUAAUGUAGACGACUGUUGGUUAGAGAAGACUCGAGGACCUCGUGGUGAAUUAGUUCCAGAUCGAAAGCGAUUCCCGAGGGGAAUGAAAUCUUUAGGACAACACAUUCACUCGAGAGGAUUGAAAUUUGGAAUUUAUCAAGAUUUUGGAAAUUUCACUUGUGCGGGUUAUCCCGGAAUUACAAUGGGCUAUGCUAGACAAGAUGCACAACUGUUUGCCGAUUGGGAAGUGGACUAUGUAAAACUUGACGGGUGCUAUUCACUACCAUUAGAUAUGGAUAUCGGAUAUCCUGACUUUGGCCGUCAUUUGAAUAAUACCGGAAGAGCAAUGAUCUACAGCUGUAGCUGGCCUGUGUAUCAAAUUUACGCAGGAAUCAGCCCAAAUUUCACAUCAAUUAUCGAACAUUGUAACUUAUGGCGGAAUUACGAUGAUAUUCAAGACUCAUGGUCUUCACUUGAAUCUAUAAUCGACUAUUAUGGUAACAAUCAAGAUGCAAUUGUACCGAAUGCCGGUCCUGGACAUUGGAAUGAUCCGGAUAUGUUAAUCAUUGGCAAUUUCGGUUUGAGCUACGAACAAUCGAAAACUCAAUUUGCUUUGUGGGCUAUAAUGGCCGCGCCGUUAUUGAUGUCAGUUGAUUUGCGAACGAUAAGACCGGAAUUCAAAGCUAUUUUGAAGAAUCGUAAAAUUAUUGCCGUUGAUCAGGAUCCAUUAGGCAUUCAGGGACGAAGAAUUUAUAAACAUAAAGGCAUUGAAAUUUGGUCAAGACCAAUUACACCCAUUUACCAAACAUACUAUUCGUUCGCUAUUGCGUUUGUAAAUCGUCGCACAGAUGGAACUCCUUCGGAUGUAGCCGUUACACUUCGUGAACUUGGUCUUCAAUCUCCAUCUGGAUAUCGUGUCGAAGAUUUAUAUGAAGAAGUUGACUAUGGUGUGCUCAAUCCACAGACCAAAAUCAAAGUGAAAGUGAAUCCAUCCGGAGUUGUGAUCCUGCGUGCCGAUGUCCAACCAGAUCGAUUUUCUCGGACACAAUAUAAUCCAGUGAAUAUUUUCAGUUUAAGAAAAAAUGAUUAUCAAAAGUCUUAACGCCGACUUUUCGAAACAGUGAAUAAAUAUGAUGUAUAAUUAACUAAGGUGUUAUUUAAGAGUUUGUAAUGUACUCAAAGUAUGAUAUACCAUUUGUGUAAUUUUAGAAAGCAAGGGCAACUCAGCCGCCUAGAAUAAAAUCUGAGCUUCAUUCGACUUCUAAACAGGCUGUAAAUUCCAUCGCAUGCAAGCAUUCUGUAAGCAUGAAGUUUAGAUUCAAUUCUAGAUGGUUCAACCAUGAUACCAUUUCCGUCAUUUAUACAUAUGUACAUUAUUUUACUUUAUAUAUGUUUUUCGAGAUGAUCUAAUUAGAACGAAAUUACUUGAAGUAAUUAAAAGUGCCAGCAAAUUUAAUUAAGAA